CCUUUUGCUGUCUUGUACCGGGGCUUUUAUUUUGAAACGUAUCAGCAGGAUAUUGGUUGUUUUUUUAGUCUCUUGUUAAUGGAGUUUUCAUUGAACCUGCCUACUAGCAGUAAGAGGAGGAACGGGUAACCGCAUCCAUUGUUAUUGUACUUUUAAUUUUUUUUACUGGAUGACGACAACGCAUCUCUGAACGGGACCCCCAAAGCGGACUACCCACCAUGUCGGCUGAGGAGGAGAGGGGGGUAGUUCGUGUCAAAGUCAAGAAGUGUGAAGGGGUGUUACCGGUGGAGUUCCGCUCCUUUGCUGUUGAUCCUCAAAUAACCUCACUGGAGGUGUUGCAGCAUAUCCUGAUACGAGCAUUUGAGCUGAAUGGGAAACGCAACUUUGGGAUAAGUUACCUGUCCCGUGACCAUGGAGGUGUGGAGGUCUACGUGUCUCUGCUGUCUGACUGGGAUUUAGAUGCAGCGUUUGUCAGUGCGGCAAAGCCUUUCCUCCAGCUCAAGAUGGACAUCAAACCAUCAGAGGACAGUCCUGUUUUGGAGGACUGGGACAUAAUCAGCCCUAAGGAUGUGAUUGGCUCAGACCAGUUGCAGGGAGAGAAGAGGUCGUUGGCUUCUGCCGCACUUCCUUUCACACAGUCACUGCUGUCCCAGGUGGGUCGCACUCUAUCACGUGUGCAGCAGGCCUUGAGUUGGUCCUAUGGGGAGGAGGUGAAACCAUUCAAGCCUCCUUUAAGUGAUGCUGAGUUCCACAGUUACCUGAACAGCCAAGGUCAACUGACCCGACCAGAGGAACUUAGACUUCGUAUAUAUCAUGGUGGAGUUGAUCCAUCCUUACGCAAGGUUGUUUGGCGAUACCUCCUUAAUGUGUACCCAGAUGGUCUGACAGGACAAGAGAGAAUGGACUACAUGAAGAGGAAGACAAGAGAGUACGACCAGCUGAAGAGCGAAUGGACAGAACGGGUCAGCGCAGAGGACUUGGAGUUCAUCAGGGGAAACGUUCUGAAAGAUGUUCUUCGAACAGACCGAGCACAUCCUUACUACGCAGGCUCAGAGGACAGCCCACAUCUCACUGCCUUGACAGACCUCCUCACCACCUUUGCUAUUACACACCCACAGGUGUCUUAUUGCCAAGGCAUGAGUGACAUUGCCUCGCCAAUCCUCGCCGUCAUGGACAACGAAGCUCAUGCCUUUAUCUGCUUCUGUGGCAUUAUGAAACGUCUUGAGGGCAACUUCCGCCCUGACGGACAACUUAUGUCCAUUAAGUUCCAGCAUCUCAAGUUGCUUCUGCAGUACUCAGACCCUGAGUUUUAUGCCUACCUAGUCUCAAAAGGUGCAGACGAUCUGUUUUUCUGUUACCGCUGGCUGCUUUUGGAGCUGAAGCGUGAAUUCGCUUUUGAUGAUGCCCUGAGAAUGCUGGAGGUCACCUGGAGCUCCUUGCCGCCUGAUCCACCUGAGACAGAGGUGGAGCUUCUGGGGCCAGCGCUUGAGGCAGAUCAGUCCAGUGGCUCGCAGAAUCUCCAUCAGAAUGUGGACAUGGAGGAGAUGGAAGAGAAGCAGAUGGAAAGGCAGAGACGUCACAUGCUAAGACCGUCCCGAGAAGAGGCAGAUGGGGGACGUAACUUCAUCAUAGAGGAGGAGAAGGGGCCUCGGAAGGAAGGUGAAGGAGAGUACGGUGUAGAUGACAUGGUCAAGAAUGAUGUCACAGCUCCAACUCCCUCAUUUGAGAAGCAGGCAAGUUUUGGGGAAUUCAAGUACUAUAGUGGCCGAAAAGAGAACUGCUUUGAGAUGAAUGAAAACGAUUGCUCUGAUCCUAUGUUAUCUCCAGUACAGUUUCAGUCUGCACACGCCACGUUGCCAUUCUCGGUCCGUCAGUCCACAGAGGAAAGUGAGGAUGACCCUGGAGAGCAGCAACCUCUUAUCGGUAAUCAUACACCGUCUUCUCCAGGGCAAAGAGACUCUCCCAAUGGUCAAGCAGCUUCCCCAGCAUCAUCUCUUCCUUCUGGUCUACCAAAUUGGAAGAGUAGCUCAAAUCAUUCACCAGAAGCAUCUAAUUCUCCAUCCAGCUGGAGAACGGCGUCUCCCGAUGCCCUUUCAAAAUGCACAUCCUCUUCCUCUAGUGGAGACAAAGCCGUGUCUCCUGAUAAACCUCCUGGGGGGUUCAUGUCCUCACCAGCUGUAAUAAAUGAAACUGGGGCUCAAUCCCCAUCAGUGGUACAAGGGAAAUCUUUACUGGCGUCUCCAUCACAGGGUUACAAUCGUUCGCUUCUCUCUUCACCUGUUUUAUCCUUUGGCAAGUCGCCGUCUUUGCCCAAAGCGUUCUCCAGCAAUCUUCCCUCGCCAUGCAGACCCACCGGGUCUGGCGUAACCUCUCCAAACACAAACAAACCAGAAGGAGGCGGAAUUAAACCCUGCUCGCUUCCUCCUCCUCAAGAGUUUGGGAAAGGGAAUCCCUUCAUGCUUUUCCUUUGCCUGUCUAUCCUUCUGGAACAUCGUGACCACAUUGUUAAAAACAGCCUGGAUUACAAUGAGCUGGCCAUGCACUUUGACCGCCUGGUCCGUCGCCACAACCUUGGGCGUAUUCUACAGCGAGCUAAAGCCCUCUUUGCAGACUACCUGCAGAGUGAGGUAUGGGACUCGGAGGAAGGGGAUGAAGUCAGCUUGGACUCCCCAACCACAGCGGCAACAUCCCCCCAGACACCCACAACUAGACCUCCUUUCCUCAAUGUACAGCCCUCUCAGGGUACCUUCCCGAAUUCAACCUAUAAUCUGGCCAAUACCAUUCCCUCUCCAACAACUCCUAUUGCCCUCUCUCCAUCUGAUUCCUGAUUUUGUGCAGUAGUAGAUUAUCUCCAGAAACCAACUCCGGACCACAAACGGACCCAGAAGCAAGUUUUACUGUACCUUGCCGAGUCACAGCAUACCUUUGUGCUUUACACAUGCUUAAGAAGACUUGUAUUGUUUUAUGUUAACAACCAAAGCUUAGUGACUUUCUCAUGUCUCCUUUUCGCUGUCCAACAAGUCAAGCCCCUUUCAUUGUACUGUAUCUUUUUUUUAAUUGCACUUUAUUGAUUGUCCUUUGAAAGGGCAGGCCAGUUUUUCUCUCAUUUCACUUUGUAAAUAACACUUUUAAAAGGCA